UUUUUAAUCAUGUUUAAAAAGUUUGGGUCGUGACACUAACGAACUGAAAUACAAAGACUCGAAGUAGAGCACCUCCUCGAGGAGAGCACGAGGCCAUGACGGCCAUGGUUGCUGUGCUCGUGUUUCUCGAGCUCAGCAACACGAGCACAGACGAUACACGAGAGAAACGAGAAGCCCCAAAAUGGCAGAGCCGCGAAACCAGGCGGCGUCCAGCCCCAGGGAGCACGACGACGAUCGACCCGACAGGCGUAACCGCCGCCCGCACGUUCCAGACCUCGCGCUCCCCGCCACAGGAUAACUAACGGCCACCCCCACCGCACCGCCGCCUCGCACGGCUGCCCAUUGCGUCCACCGACCGGGUCGUCGGACGCCCCGCCCGCCUCGCCGGCGCCGGGCGCGCGUCUAUGGGCUUCGCCAUCUGCCCCACCCCUGGCCGCCCCAGCGACGACGCCCACAGCCGCCGCGACAGCCUGCGGUCGUCCGUCGACAGCACCCGGACGUCGUCCUCGUCCACCUCGUCCAUCGACGGCCGCGCCAGCUACGACGGCGGCGGCGGCGGCGCGCCGCAGAGGCCGCCGCGCGCGCCGGGGCAGUCGCUGGAGGUGCCGUCGCGGCGGCACCGGGAGGGGCGGGGUGGCCCGUCCCGGCCGGCGCGGCUGUUCCAGAAGCUGCGGCACGCGAUCCCCGUCCUGACGCUGACGCCGCGGUGUGGGCGGCUGCAGGUCGGGACGCCGGCCGAGGCCGCGGCGGCCAGCUCCGCCGCGUCCUCGUCGUCGGCCUCGCCCUCGUCCUCCGCCACCAGCAGCGCAGGCUCCCGCCUCGUGCCCAAGGGCGCGUCCUUCUCGGGCACCACGCGGCCGUGCCGGCGCCUCACGGGGACGCUCUACGGCCACCGCCGGGGCCGCGUCGUGCUGGCGCUGCAGGAGACGCCGCGCUGCCUGCCCAGCCUGGUCGUCGAGCUCGCGCUCCAGACGCACGCGCUGCUCCGCGAGCUCGGCAACCCGGCCGGCGCGCGCAUCGUCCUGGAGACGGAGCGCCGCCCGGCGGCCCCGGACGCCGAGGGCGGCGCGCGUCGGAAACGCGGGGGAGCGCGCGCGCCGCCGCUGCUGGACGAGCCGGCUUGGACCAUGUUCUGCAACGGCAAGAAGACCGGGUACGCGGUGCGGCGCGAGGCCACGGACGACGACCUGACGGUGAUGGAGACGCUGCGGGCGGUGUCCAUGGGCGCCGGCAUGCUCCCCGGGACGAGGUGCUCCUCGCCGCCGACCGGCGCGGCGGCGGCGGACGACGAGGUGCCGUACCUGCGCGGCUGCUUCGAUCACUUCAUCGGGUCACGGGACUCGGAGUCGCUCUACAUGAUCGCACCCCAGGGAGGCACCACGGGGCCCGAGCUCGCCGUCUUCUUCGUCAGGCUCUGACCCCCGGUCCGCCAUGGGCGUGCGUGCAUUCGCAUGGCCACACACAUGCAAGACGAUCGAAGGGCAUCCAUCCAAUUUGCGCCACGUAAUUCUGUGAAGCCUCCUAACUACGACCUUAAAGUUAAGAUUGACUAAGAACCAAAAACAAAGUCUCACAAAUUGCGAUUAGCGUCAGGAUGACCUAAUUGAAUCGUGUGGUUAACUUUGUUUAAGCCCUAGUGGUGUGGAGUCAUUGCGUAGGUUGGGUGAGGUGUUCUUGUUCCUGGAUCUGUGCCCUGUGCAUCAUUGUCACAAUCUAUCAUCUAGUGGAGUACGACAGAAAUAGUCACUGAAUGGUGCGAUUGUGGUCCAAAAAGUUGCUCACCUCUGAAUGCCUUAUUCGCAUCUUUUGUCUGAUCGUGGCCAAGAGUCUAUUUGGAUCCAUUAGUGCUAAUAGUUAGCUGGUUAAUAGUUACUCCCCUUUCAAAUUUUAGAUCGU